CGCCCAUCAAUAACAUAACAGAAGUAGGCUGCGUUUGUCGGAGAGGUCAGACUUUUCCUUGGCUAUAAAGAUUACUGUUGCUCGGACAGUAAGGUUUACUGACCGUAUUGUCUUCAGCCCGAAGAUACUCUCAGCCACCAGCCAUGGUGUCCUACGAGAGGCUGAACCCUGAGGAGGUUCAGUUUUCCAGUGCUGCUUUGUUGGAUCCCCCGCCUGACGAUUCGGGGGAUGCUGAGGCAAAGGCAGAAGACUUGGAGCGUCCACUACUGGAUCAAACACCACAGUGCACGGUCACUGUUGCUCUGUUGACCCUUGGAGGGCUUAUUGUGGUGGUCUUUGGUGUCUGGCUGCUGGGAACUGUGUUUUGGCUGCGUGGUCCACCUUCCAUGGAAACUCACAAACCUCCACCACCCGUGGCUCCUUCAGGCCAGAACAAGGGGUGGCAGGGUGGGCCUCAGCCAGAGUCCUGCUCCCUUAUCCCAGAAGCCUGGCGGUUUGACUGCUACCCAGAGCGAAGUGUCGUCGUAACCGAGGAGAUGUGCCAUCAGAGGAACUGUUGCUUCAUACAAGUAUCGAAGGCAGGUUCACCGGAGCAGAACGGAGUGCCGUGGUGCUUUUAUCCGCCAGACUUUCCAUCUUAUGAGCUGGCGGCUAUUAGCAAGACGGAAACAGGCUACAGUGGGAAACUGAUCCGUCUGCAGAAGACCUACUACCCUAAUGACAUCGAGACGCUGCAGUUGGAUGUGCUGUAUGAGUCCAACAGCAGGCUGCGUGUGAAGGUAACAGACCCAGCAAAGCAGAGGUAUGAGGUUCCCAUAGAUGUGCCUGUGGUCAAAGAAAAGGCUCCAGAUCCCUUGUAUACUGUGGAGUUCUCCAAGAAACCGUUCGGGAUGGUUGUCAAGAGAAAACAAAACAGCGCAGUGCUGCUGAACACAACAGUGGCUCCGCUCUUCUAUGCGGAUCAGUUUCUGCAGAUGUCCUCAUCAUUACCAUCGGAUUUUGUUUACGGGCUGGGUGAACAUCGCUCCAACUUCCUGCAUGAUGUGCAGUGGAACACGCUGACCAUGUGGGCUCGGGAUGCAGCACCUGUGGAGCUCACAAACCUUUAUGGCGUUCAUCCAUUUUACCUCCUUAUGGAGCCUAAUGGGCUGGCACAUGGAUCGUUCUUACUCAACAGCAAUGCUAUGGAUGUUGUUCUUCAGCCAGCCCCUGCGCUCACAUGGCGCACGAUUGGAGGAAUACUGGACUUGUAUAUCUUUCUUGGUCCUGAUCCUGGCUCUGUGAUUGGAGAGUAUCUGGAGGUUGUAGGAAAGCCUGCUAUGCCUCCAUACUGGGCUUUGGGUUAUCAUCUUUGUCGGUGGGGCUAUGACUCCAGUAAUAACACCUGGGAUGUCGUGAGAGCAAUGAGGAACUAUGGGAUCCCUCAGGACGUACAGUGGAAUGACAUUGACUACAUGGACCGUGCUCUGGACUUCACCAUUGACCCUGUGAAAUUUUCAACCCUGCCUGACCUCGUGAAAGACCUUCACAUACACAACCAGCGCUAUGUCAUGAUUCUGGAUCCUGGCAUUAGCAGUACUCAGCCAGCAGGUUCCUACUUGCCUUUUGAGGAGGGAAUAAAGCAGGGCAUCUUCAUCAACAAGUCCAGUGGAGACACCCUCAUUGGCAAGGUUUGGCCUGGACUUACAGCUUUCCCAGACUUUUCCAACCCAGACACACAUGAGUGGUGGUACCAGAACUUGAAGAAAUUUCAUGAUAAAGUCCCUUUUGAUGGACUGUGGAUUGACAUGAAUGAACCAUCUAAUUUCUUUGAUGGGUCUAUCGAUGGCUGUCCCAGCAAUGACUUGGAGAACCCUCCUUAUACACCAGGCGUUCUAGGCGGCAGUCUACGGGCUAAGACUGUAUGCGCAUCUGCACGCCAGAAAAUCACCUCUCACUACAAUCUGCACAACUUGUUUGGACUCAUGGAGGCCAAGGCUUCAGCAAGUGCUUUGAAGAAGAUCCUGGGGAAGCGUCCGUUUGUGAUCUCCCGGUCCACAUUUCCGAGUCAGGGAGUUCAUUCGGGCCACUGGUUAGGGGAUAACAGGAGCAAAUGGAAAGACUUAUACAUGUCCAUUCCAGGCAUGCUGACUUUUAACCUUCUGGGCAUUCCACUGGUGGGAGCAGACAUCUGUGGCUUUUCAGACACCACCACUGAAGAACUGUGUGUGCGCUGGACUCAGCUUGGGGCUUUCUACCCCUUCACCAGGAACCAUAACACUAAAGAAAGUAAGGCACAGGAUCCUACUGUUUUCAGUCCAGCUGCUCAAACUGCAAUGAAAGAAGCUCUCCUGCUCCGUUAUUCCCUCUUUCCUUUCCUUUAUACGCUCUUUCAUCAUGCACACCUCAGUGGACAAACUGUUGCCAGACCCCUGUUUUUCGAGUUCCCUACAGAUCAGAAGACCUAUGUCAUAGACAAACAAUUCCUGUGGGGGAAGAGUUUGUUGGUGACGCCAGUUUUGGACCCAGGUGUGGAUUACGUUGUGGGCUAUUUGCCUCAGGGCCUCUGGUAUGACUUCUACACGGGAGACUCAAUAGUCAGCAAGGGCGAAGAGGUCAAGCUUCGUGCUCCUCUGGACAAAAUCAAUGUGCAUCUUCGAGAAGGAUCCAUCAUACCUACACAGAGACCCAACACGACUCUGUGGGUGAGCAGUGGUCAACCUUUGCGCCUGAUUGUGUGUCUGACUGAGGAGGGCCUGGCAGAGGGCGAUCUUUUCUGGGACGACGGGGAGGCGCUGGACACCUAUGAGACUGACCAGUAUGCCUACAUCACUUUUAGACUUAAAGAGAGCACAAUGACCUCCGAGGUGGUGCACAGUCACUUGGAGGCAAGUUACAUCACAGUCGAGACCGUUUCUUUUUACGGAGUGAAGAGCACGCCGACCUCAGUUACCGUGAACUCCCAAGAAGCUGCGUUCAACUACGCAGCCAAUCAGGUGUUGACAGUAAGCGACCUUGGUUUAAACCUUAAUCAGAACUUUGUGAUCAGCUGGACGUAGUCCCGAAUUAAUUAGCGUCGACAAGAAAAUGCAAGUUGCCGUGGGACAAUUCACUUUUGAGGAUGAAGGGUAACCCGUGAAUACAAAAUCUACCUACUGAUUGUAAUAUAUUCUCAAUCACCGCUGGGAUGCCAGUCCAGUGUACUUGAUACUACGGACCGACCACUGGUUAAGUGUCAGAAAGGAGAAUGAGAUUCAAUGGGACAACUGACAUUUUAAGACAAUUUCCUAACAUUACAUUAGUAAGUCUGAGCUUCUUUUGUUCAAAAUAACUGAAACUGUAUGUUCGUUUCAAUUGGAAAUACAGAUGAGUAGUUUAAUUGGAAAUGCAGAU